AAUCCACUCUAUUAUCUCAGGUGCUGUAGUUGCGCGGAUAACUUUCUGUGCGUCUUUUUCCGUUUGUAAGGAAAAAGAAAGGAUUAUUGGCACUUAUUGUUCACGCAAAGCCCGCAAUACUAAUAAUUUAUCUUCGACAGCCGGUUGGAGAGGUAUUUUACAGUGAUUGUUUUUGAAAAGUUCGACUGUUUGACCUUGUCGACGUUAAUGCUGCAGUGUGGAAAAAGCUAUUAUUAAUCGGGUCAUGACAAACAACGGGUACUUCUUGUACUUUGCUUACGGGAGUAAUUUGCUGAAAGAAAGACUGCAUCUAAAAAACCCGUCUGCAGUAUUUCUCUGCAAGGGCAGGUUAAAGAACUACGCGUUAAAGUUUGGACUGAAGAAAGAGGCUGAAAACAAUAGGUGGCACGGAGGCCUGGCGACUAUUCAAGAAAGCCGAGGCGAUGAAGUCUGGGGAGCUGUGUGGAAAAUCGCGACUAUCCAUCUCCAUAGUUUAGAUGAGCAGGAGCUGGUCAGUCUGCAGGUGUACAGCCCUGUUGAGGUGAAGGUGGAAGCAGAAGGAGGAGAGCUGCUUUGUCGCUCCUACCAGAUGAAUGACUUUGAGAUCUGCCUUACCUCACCGCAGUACAAGCAGGUUGUGUGCUCAGGAGCGAGACAGAGCGGCCUGCCUGACGACUACAUCAACAUGCUGGACUCCGUGGAGACCAAUACAUACGACGGGGCCACGGUGCUGGAUGACAUCAGGGAAUCAAUGAAAUAGUUUGUGUCGCUCAUCACCAUGGCUCAGUGCUCUGACCUGGAGGUUCUGGGCACUUGCUGUGUGCUCACUACGAGAUGCACCGUCAAUGUACACUUCUGGGCUCCCACUUUAUUACCAACAGAAAACCCGGGACCUCCUGUAUACUGAACACCAGAGCCAACUUGUCAUCAUGGACUCGUCUUAAAAAGAUGCUGGUGAAAUGAACCAGCCAUGAGAACUGCAGCUGUCCAGUCACUUUCGGCACCUAGUGAAGACGCAUCUCUGUAGACGUCACCUGUGACCUCUCACCCCCAUACUGUACUUCAGCAGCACUUACUCUGUGUUCCACCAAUGCUUUUAAUUCUUAAACUGCUAAUAUAGCGUGCUGAUUGCACUAAGUACAAACAAUGUGUACUUAAAUGCAAACCCCUUUGCAUUACUGUUUUUGCUAUAGUGCAUGUAUAUUAUUUUAGUUUUUACUGUUAUUUUCUUAAGUGAACCUCUUGUCCAUUAAUUGUACCUAUUGCACAAUUGUUCCUUGUCUUAAAAUUGCCGGGUUGCAUAGUUGGCUACUGCAGACUACAGUGCAGUACUGCCUACAAUAUACCUGUGACACAAUUUCCCUGUAGAAAUGUCACACUCUUUUAAUAAUUCAGUUAAAAAUUGCUAGAUCAGUUGGAGAACUGAGAGAUUGUUUCACCUUUUAAAAUUUAAUAAAACGGCAAAAGCAGAAA